AUGGGCGACGGGUCCAGAGGCCACAAGAAGAGCCACAAGCGCAAGGACAAGGGCACGGGCCGGGAGGGCAAGAAGCGCAGGCACGGAGACAAGCAUGGCAAGCGGAAGCGCCGCGACGGGGAGUCAGAUGUGCGCGGGAGAGAGAAGAGGAAGAAACGCAGGGAGAGUUCGCCAACAGCAUCGUCCCCUUCCGUUGACACCCGCGGGGAUCAAUCAGCGUUUGCCGGAAGGGAGGGAUGUCCUGAUGGCGGUGGCCAGGGCACAGCGCGUCCAGAUUGGAGGAAAGGCGACAAUUCUGCAGAGGGAGGCGCUCCCGGCUCAGUGGAUGAAUCCGGUGGAGGGCUGGCGGCAAGGUUCGUCCCUGCGAUCGGCCCGCAGCUGCCCCCCGGCGUCUCGAUCGGCCAGCUCGCAGACGCCGCCGCUGUCCAGGAGCCCGAAGAUCCGCGCGACGGCCGGCGAGGCAUCGGCCCCUGCUUGCCGCCGGAUCACAAUUCAAAUGUCGGUCGCGGUUCGGAGAAUUCAAUCGACGAGGGUUCCGUGGAUUCUGCUCCGCUCGUUGGGCCCAUGCCACCCGAGGUGCAGGAGGAGGCGGGGGCAGCACCGGCCGGCGCAAGGGACGCCGAGGUGUUGAGGGUGAUGGCGGUGGUGGCGUCGGCGGGGCCCGGCUCGCACCCGGACGCCUAUGACGUCCUGGGCGUCGAUCCUGGGGCGUCCACCUCAGCGGUGAGGAAGCGGUACUGGAUGCUCUCGCUGCUGGUGCAUCCGGACAAGUGCGGGCACCCGAAGGCGCAGCAGGCCUUCCAGGCAGUCAACCAUGCAUCCAAGCAGCUUCUUGAUGAGAAGCUCAGGGCUGCUGUGGAUGGUGGCAGAGAGGAUGCAAAGCUGAGGAAGAUGGCAGAGGAGGCUGCAAGGCAGCUCCAGCGAGAACAGGACUGGGCAUCUGUAAGGGCGGGUCGCCCUCUCAGUUCCAUGCCUCAAGCCACAGAUGGUCCUCCAGCACGGGAGGCCUGGAUGACCGAGCUUCCCCCAGAGCGUAGGCCGAGCAAGCAGCCAUCACAGGUAAGCCAAACAGCGUUCUCCAGGCAAGGUGCCUUUGUGAGGGGAGACUCCAGUGCCUGGACCAGCACACCCGGCAUGGAGGAACGCAACCAGCAGCUGGAGCGGCUGGGGUGCCAGGGCCCACACAGCAGUGCAGUCACAAAGGUUGCGAGCAAAGGGGCGCCUGCCCAUGGGGUGGACAAACCUGGGAAAAAGUCACUCCUGGAGAAACACCUGGAAAAGCUGGAGAAGGAGAAGAAGAGUAAGAAGAAGAGCAAAGGUCCAGGCAACGAUGGCGCCUUUGCCAAUUACCGCCCAUUCGAUCGGGAGCGUGACCUCCAGCACCCAGGGACACAAACAAAGAGCAUCGGUGACAUGGUGAAAAAUGCAAAGUCACUGCACAGCAGGUUCACCGGUGGAUCAUGA